AUGCGAUAUGCCAAGCCCUUAACUAACUCCACUAUCUACCCAGACUCCGUAUAUGCCAAGCCCUCAACUAACCCCACUAUCUACCCAGACUCCGUAUAUGCCAAGCCCUCAACUAACCCCACUAUCUACCCAGACUCCGUAUAUGCCAAGCCCUUAACUAACCCCACUAUCUACCCAGAUUCCGUAUAUGCCAAGCCCUCAACUAACCCCACUAUCUACCCAGACUCCGUAUAUGCCAAGCCCUCAACUAACUCCACUAUCUACCCAGACUCCGUAUAUGCCAAGCCCUUAACUAACCCCACUAUCUACCCAGACUCCGUAUAUGCCAAGCCCUCAACUAACCCCACUAUCUACCCAGACUCCAUAUAUGCCAAGCCCUCAACUAACUCCACUAUCUACCCAGACUCCGUAUAUGCCAAGCCCUCAACUAACUCCACUAUCUACCCAGACUCCGUAUAUGCCAAGCCCUCAACUAACCCCACUAUCUACCCAGACUCCGUAUAUGCCAAGCCCUCAACUAACCCCACUAUCUACCCAGACUCCGUAUAUGCCAAGCCCUCAACUAACUCCACUAUCUACCCAGACUCCGUAUAUGCCAAGCACUUAACUAACUCUACUAUCUACCCAGACUCCGUAUAUGCCAAGCCCUCAACUAACCCCACUAUCUACCCAGACUCCGUAUAUGCCAAGCCCUCAACUAACCCCACUAUCUACCCAGACUCCGUAUAUGCCAAGCCCUCAACUAACCCCACUAUCUACCCAGACUCCGUAUAUGCCAAGCCCUUAACUAACCCCACUAUCUACCCAGACUCUGUAUAUGCCAAGCACUUAACUAACCCCACUAUCUACCCAGACUCCGUAUAUGCCAAGCCCUCAACUAACCCCACUAUCUACCCAGACUCCGUAUAUGCCAAGCCCUCAACUAACCCCACUAUCUACCCAGACUCCGUAUAUGCCAAGCCCUCAACUAACCCCACUAUCUACCCAGACUCCGUAUAUGCCAAGCCCUCAACUAACCCCACUAUCUACCCAGACUCCGUAUAUGCCAAGCCCUUAACUAACCCCACUAUCUACCCAGACUCCGUAUAUGCCAAGCCCUCAACUAACUCCACUAUCUACCCAGACUCCGUAUAUGCCAAGCACUUAACUAACCCCACUAUCUACCCAGACUCCGUAUAUGCCAAGCCCUCAACUAACCCCACUAUCUACCCAGACUCCGUAUAUGCCAAGCCCUCAACUAACCCCACUAUCUACCCAGACUCCGUAUAUGCCAAGCCCUCAACUAACCCCACUAUCUACCCAGACUCCGUAUAUGCCAAGCCCUCAACUAACCCCACUAUCUACCCAGACUCCGUAUAUGCCAAGCCCUCAACUAACCCCACUAUCUACCCAGACUCCGUAUAUGCCAAGCCCUCAACUAACCCCACUAUCUACCCAGACUCCGUAUAUGCCAAGCCCUCAACUAACCCCACUAUCUACCCAGACUCCGUAUAUGCCAAGCCCUCAACUAACUCCACUAUCUACCCAGACUCCGUAUAUGCCAAGCCCUUAACUAACCCCACUAUCUACCCAGACUCCGUAUAUGCCAAGCCCUCAACUAACCCCACUAUCUACCCAGACUCCGUAUAUGCCAAGCCCUCAACUAACCCCACUAUCUACCCAGACUCCGUAUAUGCCAAGCCCUCAACUAACCCCACUAUCUACCCAGACUCACCAAAACAAAACUUUCUAAAAGAGCUGCCACUGUCGCUUAGCUAUGUGUGA